AUGGAGUUAGUAAAACAGCCUGAUAUUCUGCUGCCACCUCUCGACGCAAUUCCCCUAAAUGUUGUUCCCAUCAGAAUGGUGCCACCAAAAGAAUCGCCAGUGAUGGAAAUAGUGAAGCCUAAAGCUGCUCCGGUGAUCAGCCACCUGCCCGGAUUGAAAGGGAGAAGAGUGUGUUUGUUGACGAAUCUUUUCAAAGUCACAGUCGCCAGAGCUAUAGAUGACUUCUAUCACUAUGAUAUAUCGAUCUUUCGUGAAGAUGGUAGUGAGAUUACUAGUAAAAAUAUUAAGAGGGCUGUGGUUGAAGAACUCUCUGGCUCUGAGAUGUAUAAACAAGAGCUAUCAGGGAAAACACUUGUUUAUGAUGGUGUUGGAAGCUUAUUCACUCUUGGCCCACUGCCACAGAACAAUCUUCAGUUUUCUGUUGUGAUGGUUCGGAAAAGUAUUAGUAAAGGCAGCAGUGUUGGAGGCGAUGGGAGCCCAAACGGGAAUGAUCAGAAGAGGCAGAAGAUUGCGUUUCGUUCCAGAGCAUUCAAAGUGGAGAUGAGAUUUGCGUCUCAAAUCUCAAUGAAAUCCUUCAAUGAGAGAAGCUUGAGAGUCUUGAAUACUAUUCUGCAGCAGCAAGCAAGUAGAAAGGGCUGUCUCGUUGUUGGCCAAUCGUUCUUUCUCCACGAGCAAUCAAACUAUAUCGACUUAGGUGGUGGCGUUCUUGGAUGUAGGGGUUUCUUUACGAGCUUCAGGGCUCUUCAGGGUGGAUUGUUUCUGAAUCAUGACAUGUCUAUGACGACAACCAUACAAUCAGGUGCAGUGGUUGAUUUCCUUUUGAGCAACCAAAAUGUGAAAACUCCCUUCAACAUUGAUUGGAAUAAGGCUAGCCGGACAUUAAAGAAUAUGAGGAUCAGAGUGAAACAUUUGAAUCAGGAGUUCAGAAUCACAGGGCUAAGUGAAAGAUCUUGCAAAGAACAGAAGUGA